AUGAGUUGGUCAAAAGACGAAUGGAAGCAGGAUUUACCACCUAAAGCCAUACAAAACAUCACAAAUUUGGAAAAUGAGCUGGAAAAACUUCAAAAACACACUCAACAACAAGAUAUUAAAAUCGAUGGUUACAUGGCGUCYUUGGAAAAAGAAAAGAACAACUUACAAGAAACCAAAGCGAUGAAUGCUGCMCURCAGAAUGAAGUACAAGAACUUAUAGURAAGAAUUCAAAUCUUGAAAMGAAGCAAGAMAAGCUURCUGUAGAYGUUCGUAACAAAGAAAUCUCCCUMAACCACACCGAGGAAAUCCUAGAGAAGGUUMGCCAGAAGCUWAAGUYAGARACARUUAAAUCKGYUGAGCUUCAGAGAUCUCUUGAUAUGAAAAAAACAGAAGCUGAAAACUACGCUGAGCAAAAUGAGAGGCUCGCCAAUGAAGUGACGAGAUUGAAACAGGACAAGGCAAUGUUGGUGAAAGAAAAACAAGGUUUAAAAGAAGAGCUGAUUGCUUUACAAAAUAACAGAAGCASUACUAAAAACGACAACAAGCAAACCACAGCAGAAGCAAACGCUUUGACAUCGAAAUCAAGUAGUGGAGAUGUAAUCGUYGAGAUGCUUAAGAAAGAGAACUCYUCAUUAGUGAAAGAUCUUAAAGAUAUCAAACAACAGCGAGAUCAACUUAGACAUCUUGUAGAAGAGAAAGAAAAAGAAGUUGAACGAGGACGYUCRAAAAUCACUAACUUAUCGGUCGACUUACAAGCUGCUGAGAUAUCUCUUAAAGAGAGUGAACAAAAGAACCAUCGMUUGGAGCUUAUUGUCGAGACAAAACAGUUAGACAUUAUGAAGCUACAAAGAGACCUGGACAAGUACAAGGAGAACGAACAAGGAAGAAUGAAGAAAAUUUCUGUCCAAGUACAAACUCAGGAAGAACAAUACAACGAGGAAAACAACGAGGAAAAAAAUGCAGAGAAAGAAAUAUUGAGUCCUGAACCAAGACAACCAACAGAACAACAUUGUUGUGAAAAAGAUUUAGAUGAACAAGAGGGCAAGRAAGACAAAAAAGUCUUAGAAGAAGACGGCGUCACCAGUGAAUACAAAGAGGGCAUAGAACCUGACAGAGAAGAAAUCGUCACUGACAAAAGACUGAGAAGCUCUUGCUCUGAUACAGGUCAAGCUACACAACCAGAAAUGACUGAGAGAGGUUUAGACUUUCAGGAACGCGAAGUGAUCAACGAUGAAGAAAACAACAGCAAUAUGGCGAGUAAUACUGAAGACCUUGACGUGAAUUUACCUGACAAAAAAACUGAUGACGUCGAUAAGAAAAUUCAAAAAGCUCUUGAUAAGACAGGAGAUAAUGAGAUGGACAAAAAUAUGGAACAAAGAUUACAGAACACAGAGGUGGAUGAGCAUUGCCAAUCACAGUCCACAGACGGUGUAAGAGACGAGAAGGAAUCGACGUUGGAGGAGUUGAUGUCUUUGCUUAUCGAAAGUUUAAGGACGGCAAACGAGAUGAGGCCCAUGGAACCAUGCGUUGUACAGAACCUCAAUCAAGUCAUAGUAGUUAGUAAGGACAGUGAUGUCAGACAUGGACGAAAUGUACAAUCAACACAAACUAUGGCUAUUACACAGUUCGACGAAGAAUGUCAAACMAUCACCUCAACUACUCCWAACGAAAAGAAAKGGRAAGUUAAGAAYUCUGAAGAUAUUGGCAAAGAUUCUGCAGCUAAUGGAAAGACAAAUAGCAACUCGGAAGACAUGUUAUCAAGGUUUUGUGAAAUACUCUUCAAGCUCCAAGACCUGCACGACAAAAUUGCAAAGAGUACUACCGAGUGUGAGGACAUUAUAAUAACCGUAAAGGCAGGCAUAAUGAAACCUGAGCUUAGURUUUCUGCUUUGMUAAGCCGACUUUUCAGCCAAAUUGGUUUUAUUGGAAGUGCCAUCGAGCGCUGCAGCAAUUACAGCGAGUCUCUGGCUCAGGAAAUUACACAACUUAUAAAGAUGGRUGAUUCUUUGACAACAGCAACUUCUUCGCGUACUGAGGAGGAUUACUGCAACUACGAUGACUGUCAGCCCCAUGGCAGCGAUGCUGCACCUUCCAAGAACGAACMUCCUUCGGUAAACGUACCAUCUCCUGAAGACAGUGAUGAUGGAUCUCAAGACCACUCUGAAUCUCAGGACAGCAGCGAAGAAAAAUCUUCCAAGAAGGACCUAUCAUGGGAUAACUUUGAAUCUGAUCAAGCAUUUUUACAGUUCAAAAGCAGUAUGGAUAAGGUGUUAAAAGAGCUUGGAGGAAUCGGGAAUGCUKCCCUGAAUAAGAAGAAAGCACAGAAACGUAAGCCAUCCAACAUCAACGGAGGUCAAGUGCAAGGUGAUGAAAUACAAGGCUAUCAUGAAGGGAUAGAAAACAAGUGUUGUGAAACCGACCGUGUAAUUGAGACCCUUUCGCAGGUCGUCGAUGAAAGCAAUGCUCGCUGGUUGAGGAAGACGCAAGAACUCUUCCAUCAUCUUAAGACACGACUACUAGACUCUGUUGACAGGCAGAUUAAACAUGCAAUGAUUGCASAGCAUACAGGCAACCCAACCACUCCUGUACAGGACGCAGGCAACCCAACCACUCCUGUACASGACGAGGAAGCUCAUGAUGACGAUGCGUGUCGACAACUUGAAGUUAUAAAGUCAAAACUCAGUGAAGUUCAAAACCUUGUAAAACUUCUUUCCGUCAAGGCAGACGUAGCUGAAAAUGAGAAAGAAAAAGCUUUCUCUCGCAUCGAUGUGUUGUCCAACCACAUGAUAAAUCUGGAAUCAAACCAUGAGCUACGAUGUAAAGAGCUCGAGGAGGAUCUCAAGACAGCCUCUGAUGUGGAGAUUWCACUUCAACGWAAAUGCAGUAGUUUGCAACAGGAAAAAGAUGACAUUGACAAAGAAAUGAAAGCUAAUACUCGACAAUUACACCAGAAAGAGCUCGAACUACUUAARCUGAUGAAGAAAAUCAGAAAAAURCAAGCUGARUACGAGAAAACGGAGACAUCCUUGAGAAACGACAAUGAAGAGUUGCGCAAAAAGAACUGCUCAAUAUGGAGAGACUAYGAAAAAGUGUCRWCUGAUCUUGAAGACAAGAASAGAGAGCUGAAGUCUUUGAUGGACUCUAUGAAAACCACUGAGMACUCUUUGCUGUCAUUGUUCAACACAAUUGGAAAUAUUGAUGACUUCUUGCAAAGAGCCCGAGAAAUGAAUCUCUUCCACGAAUAG